GUGCACCUGUUGCACCUCCCAGGCUCUAUCCCUCUCCCUUUCUCCACUUUUCUCCUUGACUGGACUGAGAGCGUAGGGGAGCUUCACCAUGGAUCCCAAGGAGGCCGGCGGGAGCGAGAAGGAGAAAGAAAAAGAGAAGGACAAAGUGAUCAAAAGGAGGAACCGGCCUGUGUUUCUGCGCUACCUGGAGAGAAGAAAGACAGACACUAUUGUAGCUGAUGAUACUACCAAAGGUGAUAUCAACCUGGGGACGCUGGUGAGGAGGAGUCAGUCGGACAAGACAGAGUACAGCGCAAAACUUAAAGAGAAAAUGACACCGUUCGACCUGUCCACACCCUGCUCUCCAGCUCUGGACCCAGAGGAGGUUCGUUUGAGGAAGAUGAAUCGCAGGGCAAAGGUUAUCCAGGAGCUUGUGCAGACUGAAAAGGACUACCUCACAGACCUGGAGCUGUGCAUCAGAGAGGUGGUUCAGCCUCUUAGAAACCUGCAGGUUGUGGACGUGGACCGGCUGUUCACUAACAUGGAGACAGUGUGUGAGGUGUCAGCAGCCCUUCUUCACAGAUUGCACGAGGCCAUGGCCGACCCCGACCCAGAGGCAGUUGUCGUAGGAGAUGUAUUCAUCCAAGCAAAGGCAGCUCUAGAAGAUGUGUAUAAGAUUUACUGCUACCAUCACGACGACGCCAACAUGUCACUCAAAUCCUAUGAAAAAGAGGAAGAAAUAAAGCAACAUUUCACAACUUGUGUAUUAGCACUGAAGAGAAUCUAUGACCAACAAUGUAAAUCUAACUUGUUAGAUAUGGGCUCACUGCUCAUUAAACCGGUCCAGAGGAUCAUGAAGUACCCGUUGCUGCUUAGGGAGCUGUGGCAGGCCACACCUGAAGAUCACCCUGACUACCAGCCUCUACAAGAGGCAUUCACUGCUGCAAAGAUCAUUAACAUAAACAUCAACGAGUUCAAGAGACGGAAGGAUAUAGUCAUGAAGUAUAAGAGGUUGGAAGAUGAAGGCACAUUGAGGGGAAAAUUAAACAAGUUCAACAUUCACUCAAUCCGGAAGAAAGGAGACAGGUUUGCUGGUUAUCUCAAGAUUCUGACUGGAGUUGAACCACAGGUGAGAGAUGAGGUGUUUGAUAGAGAGGAGAAGCUGUUCAGGAGUCUGGAGAAAGCUGUGAGGCAACUGGUCAAGAACGUCCAGUGUUAUCUGCAGUACACUCAGGAAAUGGUGUCUGUGGCUGUCCAGAGUGUCCAGGAUUUAGAGAACGUAGUCAAAGAUCGAAACAAAAAUGACAAGAACGGCUUGUACCACAGCAAUGGAAAUGAUCCUUAUAAGCACUUUAAAGAGUGUGUGGAGCGUCUGGUCCUCGCCCCCCUCUCCUCCCUGCAGGGCAUGUUCACCGCCCCACAGAAGCUCAUCCAGAAACGAUAUGACAAAUUACUGGAUUACUGCAGCCGCCUGGAGCGCUCCUCCUCUUUAUCAUCUUCAUCAUCCGCCUCUUCCUCCUCCUCUCCAUCACUGGUGUCAGAAGACCAGGGGCCCGCCAGGAGGGAUUACGAAGCCCUCAAUGCUUUGUUGGUGGAGGAGCUACAGAGGUUCAACAUGGCUGCGUACACUAUCCUGACCAACUGUGUGGUGUAUCUGGUGACACUUCUCAGAGGGUUAAUGGAUAAAAUACUGCUCCCUGCUCCAUCCAUACACCAGCUACCAGCUCCAUUAUCAAACAUUGUAGAAGUGCAGAACAGCAUCAUGGAUGAACUGAGCAAUCUGACUUUUGUGAAGGAUAAUGCACAGAAGCUAAUGGAGCGCAAAGUCAGCUUUGAGAGACAACGAGACAAGAAAAUAACGAUGCCGGAGGUGCAGCAUCAAACCGAAGAAGAGCGCACCUGGUUGCUGGCAGAGUACCCACUGAACCGUCUGUACCAGCUGAAGAGGAAGUGUAAUGGCUGCCAGGAGCAGGACCUCAGCCUGCUGGAGGGAGAACUGGUGGCCCUGCUGGAAGAUACAGACCCAUUAGGCAGCAGCAGCCGCUGGCUGGUUCACACAGGAGGUGCACAAGGCUACGUCUACUCCACUUUCCUGAAGCAGUACAACCCUCUGAGGGACUCACAGCGGGCAGGACACAUGGCCAAAGAUCAGCAGCAGCAGCAGCUGGCUGCCAUGGUGGACGAGGACUUCGAUGACCUCAGUCUGUUUGUGUCAGGCAGCGGCAACAGCAGCUUGCGUAGCUUCAACCUCAACACCACCGACAGCAGCUCGAUCCUCUCUGGACUACAGGGGGAGCCGGAGAGCCCCGAAGACCUGGAGGACACAUCGGACAGCGACGCUCAACAGUUUUAUGCUGUAUAUGCAUUUCAAGCCCGCUGUGACCAGGAGCUGACCCUACAGGAGUACCAGCAUGUCCGAAUCCUCCAGUUCUGUGACCUGGGAGGCAAUAAGGAGUGGUGGUUGGCUGAGGCUAAUGGACAAAAAGGUUACGUCCCUGCCAACUAUCUCGGCAAGAUGUCCUAUGCAUAAAUAAACAGUAGCAAACAAGAGAACGAAACCAAAAAAUAGGACCAAUGGCUUUGUAUCUCACCAGCGUGUUCUAUCAAGAAUCAAUAAUCAGUUGAAUUUGUGAGCUUGUCAGGUUCUGCCGCUGUGGUUUGGAUACAGGAGAUCAAUCUUCCAAUAUAAGGAUAACUCAAUUAAUUAAAUUAAAGUCCAUAUAUGGGUGCUUCUAUGACUAGUCCCUAAAAACAGGACAUGAGGGCUAAAUAUUCAAACCAGAUGUAGACCUAUAUUAUGAAGCAAGUUUGGAAGUAC